GACAACCAACGUGGGCCCGGGGGGGGGGGGGGCCCAUGUCCAACCUGCCUCGAUGCCGUCGAUCCCGGCACUUGCCGGAGUUCCUGGAACGGGACGAUCGCUUAGAUGGAAUCAUUAAUCCAACGCGAUUUUUUUUUUCCCAGUCCCGAAUCCUCCUCCCUCACUCUUUCCAAAGUUGUCCUAAAGUUGCUUUCUAAAGCAGUUGACCCAGUGAGCCGCCUAGGGCGGUCCCCACCGGGUUCCUCUUAAGAUUAGAGUUGCGCCCGCCACCGGGCUCGCCGUAAUUCCAGUACGUCAAAUCCCUGACGGCCGGAAGCUUCGGGUUGCUCCCUCUCCCUGCCACUUGGAUUUGACCCGUGACGGCGGGUUAAGGACCGCGUCGGAGACCCCCUUCGACCCGGAGCCCGAUUUCUAUUUGCAAAGGGUAUUAAAAGCGUACCCGUCCGGUUCAGAGUUGGCUCCGGUCGGCCUUCUCCUCAGGCCGCACAACCUCAACUGCGCUACUGGAAAGGAAUAAAAGCGGCUUGUCGCCAAGGGCCCAUUUCUGGUUCCGGGCCAUCUGCCGAAACGCCUUCAUCCUCCUGCCACUCCGACCCCUGGUCCCCCGGGGCCCCGCGGUCCAGCGACACCCAGGACUGACCUUGCCUGAGAAGUCGUCCGGCAUCGUGGGCAGAGCAAGGGCCUGGGACUCAGAAGGUCAAAAGUCACCCGACUUCUCUGGGCCUCAGUCACCUCAUCUGUAAAACGGGGAUGAAGACGGCCUCGUUCGGUGGCAGCUGCCCGCUGUACGGCCGACCCGACUGGAACGGCUCGGUGCUGUCUCUGCCCCAGCCCUCCGCCCCUUCCCUCUGCUACUUCGUGGCCGGCACCUCGGGCUUUCUGGGCCUCUACUGCCUCUUGGUCCUGCUCUACUGGAUCUACAGCAGCUAUAUCGAAGACUCUCCAAGGGGUCGGGUCGCCCUGGGCGUCAGCCUGGCCGUGUCGGCCGUCGGCGUCUCGGCGGUGCUGCUGACGGCCUGUAUCCUGCAGGUGGGCACCGACAGUCUGUGCGCCUCCCUGGUGCGCUCCAAGGCGGUCAAGAGCUGCCCUGAGGUCGAGAAGAUUUCCUGGACACCCCCUGGGACCGGACUGCAAUCUUAUACUAACUUGCACAAUGCUACGGCGGCCUCUUGGGUGAGCCUAGCUCUGUGGUGUCUGAUUCUGAUGCUGCAGGGGGUAGAGUGGAAGUAUCAAACUCCCCCGUUCCGGCCCUCGGAGCGAGGGGACCCGGAGUGGAGCUCGGAGACGGAUGCCCUCUUCAGGUCUCGACCCUCCCCCACCUCGAGGGGCAAUUGAAAGCGACAUUUCCGCCCCCAGCCAAAGACUCAUCUCCCAAGCGCCUGGAGCCGCACGUGUCCGCCAGACGGGUUUUCUUCCACUCUUCCGUGAGAAACGGUUAACGCCUCCCUCCCUUAUCCCCUUCUGCUGCUGUUUUUGUACUAAUAAAAGUCCUCCCCUCCACCCUC